GCCAAUUUAAAGCGUACCUGAAGCGGGAGCGAGCGGCGGCGGCGGCGGGUCUUGCCGUGAGGGGGCAGAAAAGCUGAGCCAGCGGCUGCUGCGCCCGCUGCCUUUCCCUCGGCGCCCUUCUCUCCCGAGCUGCAGCGCAGGAGCCCGUCUACGAGCGGAGCCACCAUGAUCGGCCAGAAGACGCUGCUCUCGUUCUUCUCGGCGGCGCAGGCCAAGAAGCGGAGCCGCUCCCCGGAGCCAGUCGGGGCCGCUGAGGUACAAAGGGAGCCAGGCGAGAGGGCACGGGGAGCUCGCUCGCUCGAGGGGCUCGCUUCCAGCGGGGGAGAAAAAGGCGCCUUCCUGAGGUACCGGCCAAUGGGAAGCGCUUUAGCCGCCCUCAAGCCAAUGGGAAGCGUCCGGGGGUGGGAGUAAGUCCGACUCGGCGCUCUUAACCAAGAAGAGCUAGGGCUACCUUAGCAACAGAGAUCAACUGAGGGCAGGGGCUUUCAAGCAGAACUGCGAUAGGGCGAGCGGGCUGCAGGGCUCGGGACCGGCGACCAAUUAGGAAGCUGUUUUGAUGGCCCGUAACCAAUGAGAAAGGAAGGGGGCGCUAUCUCGCAAGUGAUAGGCCGAUACACGGCGCUUUUGGCGUCGCUGGCCAAUUGGGCGCGAAAGUCGCCCGUGUUUUGUUUUCUCAUGGCGGCGGUGGCGGGCCGUGGUCUGGCCGCUUGGCCGCCCCUCACGCGCUUCUUCCGCCCGCAGGCAGGCUCUCCGAAGAGGUCGAAGGCUGGCGCUCCGUCCCCGCCUCUCAGCCCGGAGCAGCUGGAGCGGAUCCGCCGGAACAAAGAGGCGGCCUUGCAGAGACUCGCUUCCCGCCUCAGCAGCCUCGCUCCUCCGGAGGUCGCGCCGGACUGGAGGCUCGCUCUCGCCGGGGAGUUCGCCAAGCCCUACUUCGCCCAGGUGGGCCAGGGGCGGAGAGGAAGGCGGGGGGCGGCCAUGGGCAGGGCAAGGAUGGGUCUCAGCCCAUCUCCCCUACCUGACGGCCUUUGAACUGGAGAGAAGGUCGAUUGCAACGCACCUUAUGCGAGCAAAGGAUGUGCUCCCGCACGGAGCUGCAGUCCGGGCCACUUUAAUAGAUCCCCCCCUAAUUUAUUAUAUCGAAAACAGAGCUGCUGUUGCUGUGCUGUGUUAAAUGGACUGUACCAAAAUCUGCACACUUGCCUGCCUUGGUGCCUGUCUCUUUCCUCCUUUACAGACAUGCAUUUCUUCCCUUUCUGUUUUAUGCCACGUCGAUAGCUUAUUCAGUACUUGGUAGCAGACUUCUAUGCUUGUUACUCGCGCAAGUGUGCCGCUGGGUUCAAUAGGGCUUCCUAGUAAGUGUAUGUAGGGUUAUUUAUAUAUUUAUGAUUAAAGUUUUCCUUGGCUUAAACACCUUGUCUUUUUUUUCAAGUUGUGCUGUACAGUCUUUUCUACAGAUCAGUUACAUUGUUGAGUACAGUAAGGUUUGGGAGAGGAGGGGUGGUGGUGAAAUUGUAUGUGUAGGGUUCUAGUCCUGCAACCUGGUCUUUUGUAUGUUUGCAUGGAAGCUGUUCCUUCUAUAUUUCAUGGAGCUAGCACUCAUGGAAAUUUACAUAGGAUGUGGUCUUACUCUCCUUGUGUAUACUGUAUUUACAGAAUAAUUAAGUGGUUAUUCCUGUCUACCUUGCGGGCCCAAAGUGGCAUUAACAGUUCCUCCAAAACCAUUAUUGAUCAGCCUUUAUAUACAAGAGAGAUGCAAAGUAUUUAGAUUUGAUCUACCCUGUCUCAAGAAGCUCCUGGUGGCUAGAAGUAUUUUGUUAAUUAUUGAGCAUGUAUCUUGCUGCAACUGACGUUGGAGUCCAUAGAUGUUAGGCAAGAAGCUGUGGCUAAAAAUUGGAGAGGGGUUCCAGGGUCAUCACUUGUCCUGAAAUGGGAGGCUCCACCUUGCAAUAUUCCCCUCACUUUCAAGCAUGUUUCUCAAGUUUCUGUAUCUCUUGAACGUUCAUCACAACUUUUCUGAAAACUUAGCUGCCUGACUUAUAUCAUGGGAUCCAAUUUCAAGUCUGGGUGAAGCAAACUCUUCACAUCUUUAAAAACAAUUGGUUGGCUGGCCUCUCUUUAAAGCCUUGGGAUGUAUUGACAGAAGAAAGCUUUACGCAUUAACUGAACUGAAAUUUUAAAAUGACUGCUUGAAACACAAUAUUGUGUGUGACGCCUAGGUGCUUUUGUGCAAUCAAACCGCAACCUACUGAACCUGCUGGCCCUCCUUAACCAGGAUUGGAAACUGUCUGCUUCUGUUUCCCAAAACAGCUAAUGGACUUUGUUGCUGCAGAGCGCAAACGCUACACAGUGUAUCCAGCUGUGCAUCAAGUCUUCACCUGGACUCAGAUGUGCAGUAUCCGUGAUGUGAGUAAACCUGGUACAAUCAGCCCUACAUUUAUUCUACCUUUUCCUUCAGGAGUCACUAAGUUGUCAGUGAUAUCUUCUCUUUUUUCCGCCUCUAGAUAAGUGUUGCACUUUCUGUCUGCAUUGUUUUGAAAACCAUGGGCUAGUAACAAUAAUGUUUGGUGCUGCUAGUUGCAUUUUGGCCUCAGAAUGUUUUGCAUACACUACUGUAUCUAAGUUGUCCUGACUGUAAAGGGAGGCCACUAUUAGUUAAUCCAAUUGGAUAAAUGCUAGGUGAAGCUGAAAGGGGUGGAAUGGAAUGGAAUGGUGGGGCUUCCUUAAAACUACCCAUGUUCUGAGAUUUGAACAUGGAGCUUUUAAUCAAGCACGCUACAUAAUAAUAAUUUAUAAUCAUUAUUUAUUUGUACCCCAUCUGACUGGGUUGCCCAUGAACUGUGGUGUUUAUAUAGUUGUCCCAUUGGUCUUCUCUGGAACACACGAGAGAAAGAGCAAGGGAUAACCAGCCACAUACUGUGUCCUACCAAAGGGACGUAUUAAACUGGGCAGAGAUGAAUGACAGCAGGAGUGAUUGUAUUGAACAAAUUUCCGCUUUUGUAACUUUGUUCAGGUAAAAGCUGUCAUCUUAGGCCAAGACCCAUAUCAUGGACCCAACCAAGCACACGGACUCUGUUUCAGCGUCCAGAGACCAGUUCCACCUCCACCCAGGUAAGAUUAGGCUUUAAACUUUGUGGUCCUAUUAGGACCAGAUAUGCAAUACUGCCUUUCCAUUAGUCUUUCAGUUGCAUAGUUAUCACUAAUAUGUUAUGUAAUAAAUGAAAUCCCUAUGAUACAAAUGCAUGAGAGGAAGUCUGUCAAAACCUUUCUUAUUUUUGAUCGUAGCCUAGAGAACAUCUACAAAGAACUGGCUGAAGACAUAGAAGGCUUUUCUCAUCCUGGCCAUGGAGACUUGACCGGGUGGGCUAAACAAGGUGAAGCAGGAUCAAAGUUUGUUGGGCGCUUUUCCCCCUGUGGUGGGCUUCCCCCAGCUACUAUCAUGUGUGUUUUUCACAUUCUGGAUACAGAUUGCUUCUUUCCAGCAGCCAAUGGUAGUACUUGCAGCAGUGGAUGGAGAAUUCCUUUCAGCACGCCCCAGAUUUUAGCAAGGAAACAGCCCCUGAACAUCCAACACAAUCCCAGCCUCCCGCUGCUUCAGAGAGGCUAGAUCUUGCUGAAAAGAGCAAUCUUAGCUCAAAUACAGUGGUACUCCGGUUGCAAACGGGAUCCGUUCCAGAGCCCCGUUCGCAACAUGAGCAGAACACAACCCGCUUCUGCGCAUGCGCGUGACGUCAUUUUGCACAUUUGUGCAUGCGCGAGUAGCAAAACCCAGAAGUAACCCUUUCCGGGUCGCCGCAGGACGCAACCUGUAAAAACGUAUCAUGAAGCAAACGUAACACAAGGUAUGACUGUACAGUACAGACUUUACAGAACAGUGGAUAGUUUUGCUGCUACAUGCAGCUCCCUUACAGAACAGCUGCUUAUUAUAAGUUUAUACAGCCAUUAGCAUUAAAUUAAACACACAAGCUACAAUAAAAUGCCCUCAAAUACACUGGGAGGUGGGGGUUGACUUCUGAUGAUGAUGCAGAAUUUGGCUGGGAUAAACAUACUGAAUAAACAUAUUUUGUGUGCAGAGUAUUGAUCAUUUGCCCUUCCUAGCAGCAAAAGCAGCAUAUUUUUAUUUAAUGUUUUCUGCAUGCUUGCUCACCCUUUCCUGUUUCAUUUUCAACCUAGGAGUACUGCUACUCAAUGCUGUUCUUACAGUCCGAGCACACCAAGCCAACUCCCACAAAGAGAAGGGCUGGGAGCAGUUCACAGACGCAGUGGUCUCCUGGCUAAACAGCAACUUGGAUGGUGUGGUCUUCAUGCUUUGGGGGGCUUAUGCUCAGAGGAAAGGCAGCUCUAUUGACAGGGUAAGUGCACCGUUGCUUUUCCAUUCCUCUGGAAGUGACACUAGUCUGGACAGGGGGAAAAGGCUGGAAGCUGGUCUGUGUGGUAGGCAGCAUGGAAUCUAAUCCUGAGCUUGGAUUAUCGCCUCAUGCAGCACCCAUUAGAGUACAUUGUUUUAAAAGGGUAUUCUGGGACUGCAGAACUGGGAUUAUUAGAGGAUGGGCUCAGGUUUGGUCAGUGUUUCUGUUAAAUGAUAUUGGUCCAUGGAACAGCAGUACAAAACCUAAGAUUCUGCAAAUGUGGUGGCAGUUCAGUGGGGCGGGAUGACUACAAGGUCUUAAAAUCUCUGAUUUCUUGCAGAAACGGCACCACGUCCUACAGACAGCUCACCCUUCACCCCUGUCAGUGCACAGGGGUUUCUUUGGCUGUAAGCAUUUCUCUAAAACAAAUGAAUUGCUGAAAAAGUCUGGGAAGAAGCCCAUUGAUUGGAGCACCCUGUGACACAGAAUUUGAAACCAACUGUGUUUGAUUCUUAGAGUACAGUCACUACUUGGGAAAAAUUCUUUGGAUUUGUUUUAAUUGAAUGUGCCAGAUCAAAGAGUCUACUCCAAAUCUCUUAUUUUGGAGUAGCUUUGAAUUUAAUGGAAUUAAUCCUGAAAAUGUGUUUUUCACAUUCUUGGUGCAUUUUGGGACAAAAAUAGAUUGGCUGAGAUGUUACCCUUUUUAUGUUCACUCUGGCUAGUGCCAAGGAAGGCAUUCCAUUCUGUUAUUAGCUAUUGUAAAAUGGGCUUGUUGGUUUUUACUCCCCAUUUUGUACAUCUCAUGUUGAGGGAAAUGAAAGCACCUUUUCAUAUAUAUUUUUACACCAAAGAAUUUCAUUUUUCAUUUUUGGCCCACUCAGUGAAGUAUCCAUUUAGCAAACUGUUUAUGAUGUACAAAUCAAUGUCUUAUUUAGUCUUCUAAGCUUGUCCUUUUAUCAGUUGUCAAUUAAAAGUUGCAUCAGUUGCUGUGAACUGUGACCCUGUUUUCACAGUUUUCUGAGGUCUGCAGGAAUUAGAUCAGCUGUGGCAAAGUCAAAGGAUUCCAGUUGCUUUCUUCUUAUUGGGAUAGGGAAAGGAUGGAGCCAGAUGUUGGAAAGCAUUGCCUGACCUAUGGGAGAAGUGGGGUUCCCAGUGCUAAUGAUGGUUGUGUUGGGGAAAACAUCACACAUGAAAAUCUUAUUCAGCCACAGUUGGCAGCUAAACUUCUGUUGCAGGUAUUGGGCUUGUAGGAGCUGUCAUUAUCAACUUCUGUAAAUUAUAAGAAAGUCUGGCAUACCCUUUUUAUGUGCAAAUUGCAUAAUAAGAUAUUCUGUUCUGGUAUGUUUUAAAUACCAAAUUAUGACUUGUACUUGUGGUGGUUUUUUUACUCUUUGUACCACUAGGUGACAACAAUGCAACUAUUUCUUUUUUUACAGUCACUGUAUAUUUGUUAUAAAAAUAAACAUCUUUGUUAUUUGCUGU